AUCUUUGUCCCACGAUGUUCCGGGAGGCUUUACUUAGCCUGAGACGCUUUGGGGAGAGAGGGAGGGACGGUUCUCCCUGGCCUCUGGUUUGGGGUCCUUGAAGAGUUUGAGUUGGCGACUCUAGUAUAAGGUGGGGCCCGGACUCUCCUAGGGAACACCUGUAGUGCGGGAGCUCGGUCGCCAGGCUUCCGUGGGAGGGAAAACAGCAGUUCCGAGGCACUCCGAAACGCGCGCACACGCCUAGAGGGCGCAGGCCUUGGAAUUUGAACACAGCUGAUAGCAGAUUCCACAGGGUUAGAGGCCGCAGAGGAAGGGCGAUCGGUGCUACUACAGUCAAGAUCUCUGCGGUCUGUUGUAAAAACCGAAGUGCCUCACUUGCUGUGCGACGUGCCCUGCCCACGUCAGCCCUCAGAGCUGCCUAGAGUGGCCAGGCCCAGCUGCCUGAUCGCUGGGACUUGGCCAGCCCAGCCGCGCCAAGGAAGGAGGGGUUUGGCAUCCUGGCCUGCGGGGUGGGACGGGGCCACCCUGCUUGUCUGUGAUAGAGAAGACUAGGCAGCCCUGGAGUUUAAGAACUUCUGAUUCCGAUUGUGUGCUGGGGGAGAGGCUCGUCUCACGCCUCGCGGGGAGUCAUUCUCCUCUCUUCAUCAUCCUCGCUGCUGAGAAGAUGGUGGACCACUUGGCAAACACAGAGAUCAACAGCCAGCGGAUUGCGGCAGUGGAGAGCUGUUUCGGGGCAUCGGGGCAGCCGCUGGCCCUGCCCGGACGGGUGCUGCUGGGCGAGGGGGUGCUGACCAAGGAGUGCCGCAAGAAGGCCAAGCCACGCAUCUUCUUCCUCUUCAACGACAUCCUGGUGUAUGGCAGUAUCGUGCUUAGCAAGCGCAAGUACCGCAGCCAACAUAUUAUUCCCCUGGAGGAAGUAACAUUGGAGCCACUGCCAGAGACCCUGGAGGCCAAGAACCGCUGGAUGAUCAAGACAGCCAAGAAGUCCUUUGUGGUGUCGGCGGCCUCCACCACAGAACGCCAGGAGUGGAUCAGCCACAUUGAAGAGUGUGUGCGGAGGCAGCUGCUGGCCACGGGCCGCCAGCCCACCACUGAGCACGCAGCACCCUGGAUCCCUGACAAGGCCACGGACAUCUGCAUGCGUUGCACACAGACACGCUUCUCGGCACUCACCCGGCGUCACCACUGCCGCAAAUGCGGCUUUGUGGUCUGUGCUGAGUGUUCCAGGGAGCGUUUCCUGCUGCCACGUCUCUCCCCCAAGCCCCUUCGUGUCUGCAGCCUUUGCUACCGAGAGCUGUCUGCCCAGAAGCGGAUGGAGGAGGCCAAGGAGAGGUGCAGGGACUCUCCAGGGCAGCCAGCCCGCCUAGGCGGCACUGUCAGUGGUGCAUCCAGUGGCGAUGAUGAUGACUCCGAUGAGGACAGAGAAGGCAGCGGGGAUGGCGACUGGCCCAGCCAGGUGGAAUUCUACACUUCUGGUGUCUCCUGGUCAGCCUUCCACAGUUGACCCUCACCUUCAGAGCUUCUGCACCAGGCCAGUCCGCUGUCCCAAACCUGCCCAUGGUAGUGGUAGUGGGCGUGUGACAGGUGGCUGUUCCAGAGCCAUUACCAGUGUCUUUCUGCUAGACGGCAGGCUCCUAGGCCCUCUUCCGCUUCUGGUCGGAUAAUCGCCUUUCCAUUUCACCAGGCACAGAACAUGAAGUCCUUGCUGACCAGGCUGCAGCCCUUGGGGUUAGACCAGGCCAGGUGUCCCAAGCAUUAAAAGACCAGGGUUGAAGAGGGCAAAGGGAAGACCAGACCAGAGUGGGGGUCCACUCCAUUCUGAAGCUUGGCAAGCAUAGCGCAUGCCAGAGCAGGAGGCCUGCAUACCCACCACCAUGCAGGGCCUCUGGGUCCUGUCAAGCUGGACCCUAGAUGUACUGUGUGUGCCCUCCAGACCCAGGUGAGCCUGAAUUCCCUCAGCCCAGGACAAACCCCAAGUGUCUGGUGCCUGUUUGUCCUGUCCCCAUCUCUAUCUGUGGUCAGUAAAAGUAGUGUUUUACUGUAGGACUCUGGGUUUCAAGGACAGAAACCCUAUCCAGACUUACUUACCAAUAAAAAAACAAAACAAAAAGGCAAAAA